AUGGUCACCGCAUCCGCAGCAUCAGCCAUCAGCGCUAUAGAGCGCACAUGCUCAGUGCCUAGCCUUCUUGGUUCCCUCUUCAUCAUCGCCACCUUCUCUUCUUCGAAGUUGUUUCAUAAGCCUAUCAGCAGGAUGCUUUUCUACGCCUCUUUCGGUAACAUGAUGAGCAAUGUCGCUACACUCAUGUCCAAGAGCUUUCUCGAUCAACCAGAUUCUGCUGGGUGCCAAACGCAAGCAUUUCUAAUCGAGACGCAAGUCCUAUUCAUGUUUGCGGACGUCUUUUGGGCCCUAGCCAUGGCCUCGAAUGUAUACCUCACGUUCUACCACCGAUUCGACGCCAUUAGGCUGCGGAAAUUAGAGCCACUUCACAUCGGUCUGUGUUACGGAAUUCCGUUCAUUAUAGGCAUCACCUUUAUAUUUGUAAGGAACAAAGAUGGCCAUCGUGCAUAUGGGAAUGCGAACUUAUGGUGUUGGCUUACUGUGGAGUGGGAUGCUUGGCAGCUGGCCACUUAUGGACUAAUAUGGCUAAUUAUAUUUAUCGCCUUUUCUAUAUACGUCCGAACCGGGAUUACUAUCUAUAAAUGGAAGAAGCGUUUGAAUGGCUUCUCAAACUCGUACGAGCGAAACACUUCUUCCCAAGUCCCGCAGACUGCAGAUCCUAUGGUCAUUGCCAAAACUACGAAAAUCACCAUUUCAACAUCAGAUUCUGCUCCGCCUGGCUUCGAACAAUCUUUGGGAUCCGCGACAAGACCGGAGCCAGUUCAUUCAGCAAGUAUUUACACUGGUCCUGCGCAGCCCAUAGCGAAUUCUUCCGAGCAAAACAACAUCAGAACACAGCACUCAGAUCGCAAAGGACGCAGCCCGAGUGACGAAGCAGCUAUGUCAUAUGCCAAGACCGCCCUUCUGUUCUUCACAGCGAUGCUUGUCACUUGGAUUCCUGCGAGCGCGAAUCGUCUGUACGUUCUUGUGGACGGCAAGUCAUCCGUGCAGUUGGGAUAUGUCAGCGCAUUCGUACUCCCUCUGCAGGGCUUCUGGAACGCCUUGAUCUACUAUUACACCUCUCGAGCCGCGUGUAAGCAGGUCAUUGCUAGUUUGAGGACUGGGUGCCGCCCUCUGGAGGAAAGCGAUGUCAAUGGGUCUAGCUUUGCGGAUGGAAAUAACGAGCAGGGGUUUCAGCUAGGACAAGUCAAAGCUGCCAAGAGGGGACAAAGUUUCAGAGAUACAGAAAGCACGACAUCGCUAACAGCGAAAGUCUGA